AUGGUGAAGAUUGACCCUCAAACUGUUCCUCACAGAUACAUAAGAGACCACAAAGAUACACCAGUUUUUUAUCAACUUUAUCCUAUUUCUUCUGAAGUUCCUGUCAUUGAUUUCUCAUUGCUGGCCAAAAGAGACCAACAUGAACAAGAGAAGCUUGAUUCUGCUUGCAAGGAGUGGGGCUUCUUCCGGGUAAUGAAUCAUGGGGUGGGCGAAGACUUAAUGCAGAAGAUGAAGAGAGCAGCGGCAGGAUUUUUUGAUCUGGAAAUGGAGGAAAAGCAGAAAUAUUCAAUGGAAGAAAAUAACAUACAAGGAUAUGGUCAAGCCUUUGUGGUCUCCGAAGAUCAGAAAUUGGAUUGGUCACACAUCAUGAUCCUAAUGGCCAACCCUCCUCCUUACAGAAAUCUCAAGUACUGA